UAAGCGCGAGCAAUAAUUCUAGGACGAGGAAGAAGAAGAAGGGAAGAAGGAUUCUAGCCCAAUAUUUGCAUUCUGUGCUCGUGGUUCCAGGAAAGACUCGUAGAAGAUGCUCCCAUCGCAAAUAAUACCGCUUACAGAAGGGAAACCCGUUCGUGUCGUGAACGCAGUAGCAGGAUGUUACCCCGACGACGAGAUCGUCGUGGAGGCCUCGGAGACCAACUUAGUGGGAUCGCCGCUACUUGCAGUUCGGCCCCGCUCUGGGCGGCUGUCCUGCGGUUCCUGCUGGGUGUAUCUCGGGUCUGUGUUGGGCCUUGUGUGUGCCAUCGGGGGCAUCGCCAUCACCACCUACAUUUUGGCUUCCCCAUCAGUGAAGGAUAUCCACGGUUUCGUCUUAGGAGCGCAUGGAGAAGCUACGACUACCACAGAAUGUCUACACAAGCUGCAAUUGUCACAUAAGACGGCGUCACUGACUGACCUGACAACACGUCGGUCGAGCCGACGACGCCCUCUUGUGCACGCCACUGCUUCCGGAAUCACCGAUGAUAGUAAUGACGAUGGCGACACUUCCAAGGACGAUGAAACUGCAUUGUACGCCUCCGAAGAUGAAGAUGACCCGUCUAGCUCCAUGGAGAUACGACGUUACGCGGAUGAGAUGAUGCAUGGCGGAAGCGAACGCGACUCCGGUGACGAAAUCGGAGGACCUCGGCCGAUGCCCGUGCGUAGCGGGGGACUCGGAACGCGACGUCGCCUGGUUCUCUGGGGCAACGAGACGUACACCACAACCAUCACCACGAAGCGACCGACGGAGAAGUUCCGACAUCUGGGAGCUGUGGAGGUUCACGAAGUGCAACCAUCGGAACACGUCGUAAACAACGGGACAAUCAAUACUACUGACGAAUCUGUCGUGGCGAACGAGACGGCGGCGACGUUACCGGUAUCAAGACCCUCUCCUAUUCUUCUCAUGGGACCUCAGGCACCACCCGUUGCCGGUUCUUUCUUGCGCCCCCUGGUUUGUGUGGUGAGCGCGAACUCGAAUCUCCCUCCUCUGACGGAGUGCACCCACCUCAUACUUUCGGACCACGUGCUCGACCUUCUGCGCCGAGUCGUACGUCCAGCAGCGCCCGCCAGGAACUCCGAUGCCGUCGCCACACCGUUCGGCAGCCGCCUUCGCAACAUCCGUUCCCAGUCUCCGUCCCUGAAGAUCCUCGCUGGCCUUCGUGCCCUGGAAGUGGAGAGCCUGUACCUUCGCCAGUGGGGCAAUGGCUCUUCGUUGGCUGCGCACGUGAAUCUCCUGUACGAGUGGCUGCGACGGGUUCGCCUCGACGGCCUCGCAAUCUUGGGUGUCUCGGUCGGGAGACAUACCGUACAGCUCUACGCUGAAUUCUUCAGGAAGCUGCGCGCCCUCUUUCGAGAAGACUUCCUUAUAGCGUUUGGAUUUCUGCAUCGUGAAGACCAUGCUCACGACUUCUUUCGUACGGAGGACGCCCUGAAGACCUUCCUCGGGUUAUGCGACUUGGUGGUCAUAGAGUCACACGACGCCAGGCCCCGUCCUUGCCGGUCUUUCAUCGUCAAUCCGCUGGGGCCGUACCGCGGCGCCGUAGCUGACGUCACCGUGCGUUCUAGUCUUCAGAAGCUCCGUCGAUUGGGUCCCCUAUCGCCGAACACUGGCUGCGUGUCACUCAGUCUGGGCGUCUAUCGAUUUCUACUAUACGAACCCCCGAGGCGUCUGGGACAGGUGUGCCACAACUACUUUCCAGAGCCCUUCUCUAUGCAUUGCCGCGAAUGGACUGAGAUCCGAUAUGACAAAGAGGCUGUGGCCAACACCGCUGUGGUUCACAAGCGACCUCCAACUGUCGCUGAAAUCUUGGACUCCUUCGAUAACGAGACAACACUCGCCAACAAAGUAGCGGCGCUAUUACGUGAAUCAACGGGAGUCUGCCUCGCCCUUUACCACGUUGAGUUGGACGACGAACGUGGCUUCUGCGAGUCUCAGACCCCCUACUCGAGGCUGCGGGCCGUCACGUCCGCCAUGAGACUUCGCUCCUCUAGAACUCGUGCUCCGCCUCGCAACAAAAGAAAACCGUAGACGAUAAUUUAUCUAUUGUUAUCGCUUAAUUGAAGUUAUGAAGUUAUUUGAGAGUGAUACUGAAUGAGCAUAAACUAUACUGCUAUACAUAGA